AUGCACGGCCUACCUCCACAGAGUCGGCCCACUGUCUGGCGCAUGGUGGUCCCGGCGAUCAUCUUUGUUAUCGCUUCAACUCAGUUUGCCGUGCUCCUUGCGUCAUACUACGAUGUCGGCCUGCCAGUGAGAUUGGAUGUGUCCUGGAAGCCUGCAACCAAGCCCCAGCUCCCAACCCACUUCACCGAGACACAGACACAACUCACCGACAUCCCGACCGUGUUCUCCGACCCCAACGCCGACAACUACCGCUGGUACACCGAUGCCAAGCUACGCCAGCUCACCGGGUUCACGGUACUCCACGGAGGCGACAAUGACUGGCGCUACAUUCAUCACCUUCACCGUCAACUGGGCGACAUGGUGCGGGUCAUCGUCGCGGAUGAAGGGGAAGAGCGUCACAAGGGAACGUUCGACCAGUAUCAGAAGAGCGCGUCGCGCCCGGACGGCAUCCCUGCAUGGAAGUGGUUCCGCAUGGCGUACUACCCUACAGGCGAAUCUGGCAUUGUCGGCAAGGCAUGGAUGAUCUCGGCAGAACCGCGCCUCCCUCAAGCCGAGGACCUCGAGCUCGUGCGUUCGGCAUCGACGCCAGACGACUACACGUAUGGCCCCUCGUGGUUCGUGACCGGUAGCGAGGAGCUGCAGAUAAAGUCGGCUCCGGGCAAGGCCGACUUUACAUUCCUGGGUUAUGGCAUCAUGCCCAUUCCUGAGGACACGGUAGUUGUUCCAUGGAAGGAUCGCCCGAACCGUGUAUACCUCCUGGCCAAGCAGGCGCACUACUUCCACAACGGACACCAGCGCGUCUACGACUUCAGCUUCUUCGAGCGAGCGGCUGAGGAGCUCAGCCGCGAAUUCCCUGGCUUUGAGUUCGUGGGUGGGUUCGAAGACAACCGCUCCGACGAAGUCAAGGCCAAGUGGGGACCUGUGCCAAGUGUCAUCAAGAACUUGGGUCUCAUGAAUGCGACACGCUUUGAUGAGGAGUACGGCAAGUCGCGCCUACUCCUAGGUCUCGGGUCUCCACCCCUUUCGCCCAGUCCGUACCGUGCACUCGCGCGCGGCGUGCCCUUUGCCAAUCCCCACACGAUGCGGGAAGACGGUAAGGGCUGGGCAUACCAGCAGCACGACAGCAUGAUGGACGUUCCUGAACCGUACGUGUACCAGGUCGAGGCGUUCAACUACACCUCGUUCGUCCACACCAUCCGCAAGGCGCUUCAAACACCAAUCGAGCCGCUGAGAUUUGAGCGCAUGCGGCAAGACGCUAUUGAUCGGCGCAUGCACGGCUGGGUCAUGCAUGACUGGCGGGGGCUAGCCUCACAGAUCUUGGACGACAGGCUUGCUGGGAACGAGACCCAGGGCAGCAACUCGGUGCGCGUGUUUGAGCUGUAG